CCAAACAGCUAGCUAGCCGUUUAGCAUCCGACCACAGGUAAACAUUGGACGAUGAGCACCGACAGGCUUGUCUGUUUUGAAAAAAAAAACUCCUUGCUCUGUCAGUUAGUCCAGGAUUAGAUAGCUAAUACGAUGAGCUGAAGUUAUCCUUGGUGACAAUACCGUGCUGGAAUAAGCUCUCUGGCUAGGUGGAAUAACCAACGUUAUGCGUUUACAUUAUUAUGAGUAACGACGUUGCUAACAGGAGAAUCUCUUCAGCUCAACUGAUUCAGGCCAGUCUGUCUGUGUGGGGAUGGGGGGGUCUAGGAGUGGUGCUGUUCCUCAUCACUUUUGGACCCUUCGCUAUCUUCUACCUGGCCUUCUAUAUCUGCUGCGUUGUAGGCGGUGGUUUUGCGGUCACUCUGUUGUUUGGGAAGACCAACUCAGAGAGACAUCUUGAGAAGUGUGAACACUCCUACCUGCCAGCCACACAAACGGGUAUACUGAAGACGUUGGAUGAGAUGAGGUUGGAGCAGAAGCCUAUAAAGAUAGAUAGGAGACUGACUGGCUCCAACUACAUAGACGAGCCUCUGCAACAGGUCAUCCAGUUUGCAUUGAGAGAUUAUAUUCAGUAUUGGUAUUACACUCUGAGUGAGGAUGAGUCUUUCCUGCUGGAAAUCAGGCAGACUGUCCAGAACGCUUUGGUCCAGUUCUCUACACGGUCUAAAGAGGUGGACUGGCAGCCUUAUUUCACCACCAGACUGGUGGAUGACUUCGCUACUCACCUCCGAGUCUUCAGAAAGGCCCAGGACAGACUGGAGCGCAGGGAUGACAAUAAACAGAGGGACUUGUCGGAGGAUAUAGUGGAGUCAUUUUUUGAGGCGGAGGUAGAGAUGGAGAGGAGCGUCUGCAGAGAUGUGGUCUGCACCUCCCUGAAGGAUGAAGAAGGGUUCCUGAGGGACUUGUGUGAGGUGCUGCUCUACCUGUUACUACCUCCUGGAGACUUCCACAACAAGAACAUGAGAUACUUCCUCAGGGAGAUUCUGGCGCGAGGCGUUCUACUUCCUCUGGUCAACCAGCUGAGUGAUCCUGAUUACAUCAACCAGUUUGUUAUCUGGAUGAUCCGGGACUCUAGCUGUAACUACGAGGCGUUUAUGAACAUCUUGAAGCUGACAGACAAAGUGUCUGAGCUGGAGGCUGUUAAAGACAAGGCCCUGGAGGAACUACAGUACCUACGAUCACUGGACACCGCAGGAGAUGAUAUCAAUGUUAUAAAGAAUCAGAUCAACAGUCUGUUGUUUGUGAAGAAGGUCUGUGAGACCAGGAUACAGAGGCUACAGUCAGGGAAGGAAGUGGAUACUCUGAAACUAGCAGCUAAUUUGGGCAAGCUGUGCAUCAUCCCACUGGAACACGUCCUUGUUCACAACAUCGCCUUGCAAUUCUUUAUGGACUACAUGCAGGCGGCUGGGGCCCAGGCAGAGCUGUUCUUCUGGCUGACAGUGGAGGGCUACAGAGUAACAGCCCAGCAACAACUAGAGGUGAUGGAGGGAUGGCAGAAGGAUGGAAAGAAGGGAGGUUCCACUCAAGGACUGCUGAAGGCUGCAGCAUUAGGGGUCUAUGAACAGUACCUGUCUGAUAAGGCAUCCCCCAGGGUACAAGUAGAUGAGGUGUCUGUAGUCAAACUAAGAGAGAAGCUACAGAAGGAAGGAGACCCCACGCCAGAGAUAUUCGACGAGAUCCAGAGAAAAGUGUAUGACAUGAUGCUUCGUGAUGAGAGGUACUACCCGUCGUUCAGACAGAGUCCCCUCUACAUCAGGAUGUUAGCUGAACUGGACAUGCUCAAAGAACCCUCUUAUAGAGGAUCAGAUGACGGAGAUGGAGAAUCGUUCAACGGUUCUCCAACAGGAAGCAUUAAUCUAUCUCUGGAUGACCUUUCGAAUUCCUGCCAUGACGACAAUAUACAGCUACACGCCUUCAUCUCUGACACAGAUAUGUGUGGGUACAACAGUAGUGGCCUUAAAAACGUUACCCUGUCAAAAUGCCUUGAUGCUGUAAGAAGCCUAGAUGCAGUGUUGUCUCCUAACACUACAAGACGGCAGUCCAGGGUGUGUAAUGACCACGGCAAGACCUACGCCCUCUACGCCAUCACCGUGUGCCGCCGUAACCACGACGGCAGCGAGGACUCCUGGAAAACCUACCGCCGCUACUCCGACUUCCACGACUUCCACAUGAGGAUCACGGAGCAGGUAAAGUUUGAGAACUUGAUGUCGAUCCUGAAGCUGCCAGGGAAGAAGACGUUCAACAACAUGGACAGAGACUUCCUGGAGAAGAGGAAAAAAGAUCUCAACGCAUACCUACAGCUGCUGCUGAAUCCAGAGAUGAUGAAGGCCUGUCCUACUCUGGUUCACUAUGUCUAUGACUUCCUGGAGAAUAAGCAAUACAGCAAGGGCAAGGGAGACUUCGCACGCAAGAUGGAUACGUUUGUGAACCCGCUGCGUAGCUCGAUGCGUAACGUGUCUAACGCAGUGAAGAGACUGCCAGAUAGUCUGGCUGAAGGGAUGAACACUGCUGCUGACAACAUGGGACGCAUGUCAGAGAAACUGGGCCAGGACAUCAAACAGUCCAUGUUCAAGGUGCCUCCACUGCUCCCCAAGUCUGACGUUGACCCAGAGCACUGCCGAGUCUCAGCCCAGCUGGACGACAACGUGUGUGUUUUCCAGGUGGAUGAUAACAUCCCCCUGCGUGUGAUGCUGCUGCUGAUGGAUGAGGUGUUUGACCUGAAGGAGAGGAACCAGUGGCUUCGCAGGAACAUCAAGAACCUUCUGCAGCAACUCAUCAGAGCCACAUACGGAGACACUAUCAACAGGAAGAUCGUUGAUCAUGUGGACUUCAUGACAGCUCCAGAACAGGUGGCAGACUACGUCAAGAAGUUCAGGGAUUCAUACUGGCCCAACGGAAUCCUAGCAGAGUCUCCGCCCCGCCGGGACAAGAACAUCCGCAUGAGGACACGGGUCGCCGCCAAGACCAACCUAUUGGGAAUCAUGCCAGAUGAGUUGAAGCACAUCAUAGGGGCGGAUACGACUCGUAAAGGCAUCCUUCGUGUGUUUGACAUGUUCCAACACGGACCAAUGAAUCGUCGGCUGGUCUACGUGCUCCUAGAAGGAUUCCUGGAGACCAUGUUCCCUCAGUACAAGUUCCCAGAGCUGUUUGUCAAACUGCAUUCCCGUUCGCCGCGCACAGCCAGAUAUACACAGAAACUCAAGAGUACCUCCCUGAAGAGGUGACAGGAGACUGGGAUUGGGCAGGGUACUUGGUGACACACACUCGCUCACACGCCGUGAGAGAACAAAGGAAGGAGGGGAGUAGUGGGGAGGGUGUGUAUGCGUGCUGGUGAGAAGAGGUGUGCGUGUCCUUCUUUCUAUGUCAAGAGGUGCUUUUUGGGCCAUCCGAGCACUUAACUCUUCCCUCCUCUCCCCUACAUGCCUCUCACAUUCUCUUCUCCUCAACUCACUCACACACACCCUCCUGUGCACAGUUUAGAGACCGCAUUUGUGUUUUAUUUUAUUUUUGUACUUUUUACUUCCUACUAAACUAUUUUAUUGUAGAUGUGUGGUCAGACUGACAGCUGCUCUGAUAUACACAGCAGCUGAUCUCCGUUACUGAUACCAGAGAGCAGAGCUAUGUAUAGAGAAAUACAUGGGUCGUUCCAUGUAAUGAGCCCCUUUUGGGUAGUGUUUCCCAAACUCGGUCCUGGGUUCACAAUGAGUUUUUUUGCCCUAGCACUACACAGCUGAUUUCAAGUAAUCAAAGUUUGAUGAUGAGUUUAUUAAUCAUCUUUGUAGUGCUAGGGCAAAAACCAAAACAUGCAACCCUUAAGGUCCCGAGGACCAAGUUUUGGAAACGCUGGGUUAGAGUAAUUUGGUGGGAAAGAAAUGUAGAUUUAAUGAAGAGCAUAUUUUCAACCUAAUAAAAAGCAUAGUUUCCCAUCUCAAGAGGUUAAAGAAAAGAAUAACUGGGUGGCAGGUAGCCUAGCGGUUAGGAGCAUUGGGCAAGUAACCGAAAGGUCACUGGUUGGAAUCCCCGAGCCGACUAGGUGAAAAAUCUGUCGGUGCCUUUAAGGGAAAUGAACCAUCAUUGUUCCUGUAAGUCGCUCUGGAUAAGGGUGUCUACUAAAUGACUAAAAUGAGGAAACAAAGAUGCUAAAUGUAAGUGCCAGAUAAAGUAACAGGGUUGACCGUAACAGGGUUGACCGUAACAGGGUUGACCGUAACAGGGUUGACCGUAACAGGGUUGACCGUAACAGGGUUGACCGUAACAGGGUUGACCGUAACAGGGUUGACCGUAACAGGGUUGACCGUAACAGGGUUGACCGUAACAGGGUUGACGAUUCAACCUUCAAUCACCCCUAAAUCCCUUGUGACCGGGGGAAUGGAAGGCUCUUGUGUGCAACAGGGAGUGGCAAUUGAAUGCCAGCUUCACAAAAAACUAUGAAUUCUUAAAACAUUUUUAGCCUUUCUAUCUAUGGGUAACAGGGUUGUCGUGUUAUGCUCAACCCACUCAGUUUUCCACCACAAAACAAGAAAAAAUGGCAAAAAAGAGUAAACCAGUUCAUCUGCUUUUACAUUAUAAUUUUACUGUUAAAUGUUACAUUUUUCACUUGAAUUUAAAAAAAAGAAUAUGAUAGUUCAUUUAACAGGGUUUACCUGAAUGAAUCACAUUAAUUAAAUACUCUUCACAAAUUACAUUGUCAAAGCAACAAUAUAACUUAGGCUUCACAGUGAUGGUGAAAACAUGGAGACAUUUUUGGGUUAACAUCUUCCUAGAAGUAACAGAGAGUGCACGGAGGGACAUGGCAGAAUUGUGGCACUUUAGCAAGUCUAUUCAUAUUCAAAAUCAAAUGUAUUGAAUUGUCCAUGUGGUCACUUCAUUUAAUAUAACAGGCUUUUAAAGAUGCACUAUGCAGAAAUUGAUCUGCCAUUUAUUUUCUGGUUGCGCGAAUUCUAAUAGUUCGCCUAAUUUCAGUUUGUGACGAAACAAGCAAGUACAGGGAAGAGAAUCAUUGUACUAUGUAAACCGCCGUGAAAUAGCUUUUCGAUAACCAAAAAUAUUGUAUUUACAGCUGUUUGACGCUGGUGUACAAAAAAAAUGAAUGUAAAAGUUGCUAAAUGAAACUUAAGACCGUGAAGCAUAGAAAUAACCCACAUAGAACAUAUAUGCUGCUUCUAAGACUUGCUUUCAAUGAGUGACAGAUCUAUAACUCAUAUUUCUGUGUGAAUUUGGUUGGGUCGCCCAAAAAGUAAGAUAUUGCAGCUUUAAAAAUCAAUAUUUCCGCACAAUUUCUACUAAAAAUUUCAAAGGGAUGCAAAAGGGACUCAUUUUGUAGAACGACCCACAUAGGUUGAAUGGCAUAUGUUGUGUAUAUACUGUACCUGUACAUAGAAAUAGAAUGAAUAGAUUCUCUUUCUACGGAUAUAUAUAUAUAUAUAUAUAUAUAUAUAUAUGGGUCUGACUUGUACUGUAAGCUUUUAAACAGCAGAAGACAGAUGAGGAAAUAGAGACAGAGAAUGGGCUUGCAGUGUCAACCACAUCUGGUUCUGCAAGGCGUUUUUUCACAUUUUUGUUAUUUUGUGUUUUUUUUUACACAAUGUGACAUCCAUGCCUGCCAUAAUCCUUUCACACAGGGAGGCAGGGUUUGGCCUAAAGGCCAUUUCCCAUUUUUAAUGCACCGGUCAGUAGCCAUGACAACCAAAGCCCUAGCUGUUUGUAUGUCUGUGUCUCGACAGGCAUGAUAGAGACAGCUCUAGUCUACUCACUGUGCUUCCUAUUGUUAAUCAUGUGAAAGUAGAAGAAACCAGAAUGCACAGCUCACCUGCUUUCUCUAGAGCUGAGACCUGGGUAAAUUUGAAAUGGCACCCCAUUCUAGUGCACUGCUUUUGGACAGACGGAUCCUAAUAGUAGUCCACUUUUAUAUUAGGCAUAUGGUGCCAUUUUGGACGGAGCCAGAAUGAAAUGAAACAGGCCAGACUGUGUGAAUGUUGCCGUCUGUGGAGGUGACUGUCUGUCGGGUAUCUACGCAUACACAGGUAUGCCUAUUAGAAUGUACUCUGUGGGUCCUGUCUGUCUGUGUUCGGUCUUUUAGGGUUUUUGUGUGUUUCUGUGUGUUUGAGUGUGUAGCAGUAACAUGAAGCCCUCCCCAGUCAGACACUGUGCCAGUGUGAGCUUUAGUGAAGCAGCCUUAAUACAGACCAAGAGACCAUGCUAUAGUAACGCUCUCUCUCUCUCACACACACACACACUCGCAGCACUACGUUACAAAGAGAAAACCAACUGAUAUCCCUACUUAAUCACACUUUUAUUGUCAUUAAUUUUGUGCAAUAUUUUUCUUUAAUGCAUGUGUAUUUGAAUAACUGUAUAUUGUAUAAAAUGUAAACUAAAAUGUUUUGAAAAAUUGUAGAAAAGGUGAAAAUUCUCCCCCUUCCCCAAAGAAAAAAAGUAUUCUAACCCCAACAACCUACAUUCCGAUGUUAAAAAAUGUGUUUAGACUUGUUUUAUAAGUCUGUUUUUUGGGGGGGGUUCUCACUCCUGAUGAAUCUGUGGUUUCCGUGCUGAUAUGUCAGUAGCAGGAAAGAGGAGUGAUCAGCCAGUCGAGCUAAAGCCUCUUGAUAGAAAGCUAGCUCAUUGGUCUAGCAAUAUAGGAGAGGGGCUUAUUAUGCAUUUGAGCCUGUUUGGAGCGCAAACAAAAAUGACAUCCUGUUAUAUGAACCGAUGACACGAGAGACUUUGUCAUCUGACCAAUCGAAUUGCAGGAAUACUGUGUUCCUGUGAACCAAUAGAAUCACUGCUGAAGAGCACUUACUACCCGAGUUCUUCCAUUGGACGAACAGAGCUCCAUUCCACUGCUGCCAUUGGAUGGAAGGGUCCCUCGUCUGCUGUGAUUGGCUGGCAAUGAGCAGCUCUUGACUGUGAUUGACAGCGUGAGGACAUUAACUCUAAGCUGUGACACCUUUUUAAAGGGAGGUGGAUAUUUGUCCCUGGACUGGAGAGUUGACCAGGGGAACCCCAUAGGACUUCACCUUAAAAGCCUCCACACUCUCCUCCUGUUCAAGAUGGCUUUGCUGUUGAUGUUUUUUAAUCCCUUGGGGACAGGUUUUCAUAGCGUUUACCUCACAUCAACAUGAUCCUGUGUUGUAUAAAUCAUGAAAUGAAUGGGAACAGAAUCUAAUGGGUGAACACAAUGAGACAACACGGCCUCAUGUCGAUUUUGAUGAAACGUUGCUGUGAAAAACUGGGAUCUCCUAGUACAUUAUGAAUCUAUGAUAAUGAGCCGUGUGCAUAUCUGUGUACAGUACGUGUCUAUAGUGUGCCUAAAUGUCUGUCAACUCUAUUUUCAUAUUUUUCUUUAACAAAAGAUAAAGAUCAAA